AUGAGUGAUUUUGGUGAUAUUUCUGAUCCAGAUGAAUUGUCUACUAUUUCUCCGAAGAGAAAAAAUCCAAAAGGAAAAGAUAUUUUGAUGAAAUCGCCGGGCAUCAAGUACGAAGAUAUUGUCAAUAAUUUGUCAGAGGCCUCGGGUUUAGGUCGUGAGACAAUUAGUAAAACCAUCGCUGAAUACAAACGUACAAAUACGGUUACAUCUCCCAACAAAAAGCGCAUUAAGUCUUCUCUCUUCGACAAAAUUGAUGAUUUAGAUCGCAAUGGAUUACGACAAAAAUAUACCAUCAAGAAAUUGGAUUUUGUGUUCGAAAAAAGAAAAAGGUGCAGUGUGCUAACGAAGAGGGAAGACUUGAUUGUUCAGCGCCGAAGUUAUUUGUAUAAUAUCCGCAAGUAUCGUCAGGAAGGUCGACAAAUUUAUUAUUUGGACGAGACGUGUUUGAAUGCAGGCGACUUUGUGGACCGCGUGUGGAAGGACAAUACUGUUCUUUCCAAACACGACGCGUUCAACAAAGGACUAACGACCGGGUCGACCAACCCAACUGGCAAGGGCAAGCGGCUGAUGAUACUUCAUAUCGGUUCGGACAAAGGUUUUUUGCCAGGUGGUUUAUUAUGCUUUGAAUCCAAAAAAAAUAGCGCCGAUUAUCACGAUGAAAUAAAUGGUGAUAAUUUCAAGGAAUGGUUUGAGACUAUUCUACCUCGACUUGAGCCUAAUAACAUUAUUGUUAUGGACAACGCCCCAUACCAUUCCGUCAUAUUGGAAAAAUAUCCGAGUACGCGUUGGAAUAAAGCCCAAUUAUCGGAGUGGCUUCAAUCAAAAGGUGUUGUUCUUGACAGACCAUUUUUGAAGCAUGAACUGAUGGCCCAAAAAGAAGCAGGACACACCGUACUCCGAUUACCGCCCUAUCAUUGCGAAUUUAAUCCAAUUGAAUUGGCAUGGGCUAUGGUAAAAGGUUACGCAAAACGCGAAAACACAACAUUUAAGAUGGACGACGUUCGCCAACUUCUUCAUAUGGCAAUUGAAAGGGUGACAUCAGAAAAUUGGCAAAAUUUCAUCAAACAUGUCAUCGGAGAAGAAGAGAAAAUUUGGAAAGUCGACGAUAUCAUGGACGAAGUAAUUGAUCAAAUGGAACAUUGUGUUUUAACAAUAACGGGAGAAACUGAUUCUGAUUAUGAGUAA